AUGCCGUCCCUCUCCGUCGCUCGUAGUGCCAAUGCAGCCUUUACCCCCACCUAUGUCCCCGCCAUGGUCAUCACUGGCGCCACCUCAGGCAUAGGGCGGGCCAUUACCGAAGCAUUCGCUCGCCACCAGCAUGGACGCGUCCAUAUUGUCCUCGUUGGGCGCAACCAUCAAGCAGCAGAAGCAAUCAUCUCAUCCCUCCCUACGUCCAAGGACUCGACGUACGAGUUCUUCCCGUGCGACCUCACGCUGAUGAAGAAUGUCCACGCGAUGGCGAGGGAACUCCUCGCGCGCUUGCCGAAGAUCAACUUUCUUGUGCACUGUGCAGGAUUUGCGGAUCUCAAGAGCAGAAUUGACACCGAGGAGGGCAUCGACGUGAAGCUCGCGGCGCGAUACUACCAGAAGUUCGCGCUGACGUACGAUCUGCUUCCUCUCGUCCGGAAAGCGAAGGAUCUGGGUGAGGCCGCGAGCGUCAUAGACACUUUCGGGGCGGGGAUGCCGUCGUUCAUCGAAAUGGAGGACCUGGGGUUGAAGAAAACGUACACGGCGUGGAGGGCUCUGGCCCAUAGUGGGCCCUACAACGAUCUUAUGAUGGCUGAAUUUGCCCGUCGCGAGCCUGAAAUUGCGUUUGUCUACACAGGCGUUGGAUUCGUGUACACCUCCAUCUUAACCACGUCGAAUCCGAUCCUCUGGCUCCUCUUCCUCCCCCUCCGCCCUCUCUUCUGGCUGCUGAUGAUGUCGGCGCCGGACUACGCGGAAUACGCGCUCUUUGCGAUGCUCGAUGCGGACAAGGGUCUCCAUCGUCGGGACCAAAAGGGAAACGACAUUGGGAUGAAAAACUUCCCGCAGGUUAAGGAUGGGCAGAGACUCAUGUGGGAGCAUUCUGUCGUGGAGACGCGUGUGCAGGUCGAAGAGUAA